CCAAAACGCCCAAAAUGCCCCAAUAUCCUAUCCCAGUAGCCGUCGUCUGGGCGUUACGGGCGAUAAGUGGAACGCACCUCAUAUACUUCCCUGCCAUCUCCAAUCUCCAGUCCCAGUCUACAGUCUACGGAUAGCGCGUAUAUCUAGCUUCAGUUUUUAACCUAUAAAUUGUGCGCAUCGAAAUGGCAAAAUAAUCCGUUUUUUGUCACAGUUUAAUUUUUUCGUUUCGCGUAACUAAUGAUAUAGAAACGGCUGCACAAUGAGUCACAUAAUCGUUGUUCGAGGAUAUAAACCCGGUGACGAGAUGAGUUGUAGGGAAAUGAUCAAAGAAGGCGUUAUGUCAUCUGUACACACAGCAUUUUUUGCGAAUAUUUUUAAAGAAGUUAUAUUUCAAUUUAUGAUACUCGGAGCAGCGAUUAUGUUCAUUUUCUUCGGAAUGCCAUUUACUAUUUGUCUAUUGGUUAUACCGAUGGUAAUUUUUAUAACCUACGUCUCAACGUAUUUAUUUUUCGUCACCAAAUCGGCUGAAAUCAGUCAAGAGGUUUCCAAUAUUUCAAGGAUUUACAUGUCCAACGCAUUCUCGUGUUUCUGGGUGGCCGAAGCAUUUGAGCCUUAUAUGACAAUGAGAAGUCCGAAGGAAGUUCACUACACGAUAAUGAGUGAGAAACAAUUUCGGGAGUCCAACAUAGACGUAUCGUCACAGUCGAAGAGAAUAGUUGGCUCCAUAGCUCUUUCCAAGAGUCACAGCAUUGAUAAAGGUGCUUGGAUCAAGAGACUCUGCGUAGACGAACGUUACAGGAGGAAAGGCAUAGCUUCUUUUCUUCUCAACAUAGCAGUUCAAUUUGCCAUGGACGAAGGUUACAGCUGCGCCAAUAUUGUUGCUUCAGAGUACACAGAAGCCGGACGUGAAUUGUGUCUGAAGAAAGGUUUCGAGCUCAAACAAAUGUACCACAAGCCUGUAUUCGGUCCAGUCUUCUCUGUGCUCAUGUACGAACUGACUUAUCAGAUAAAACCAGGAAACGACUACUGCGAAGCACCCUUACCUGUGUUCAAGCUUAGAUAAAAGUUAACAAAUUUCUUGAGUAAGAUAAAAUUUUUUUGUAUAAGUACGACAAUCGACUCAGGAAAAAUCUUUUGAAAACAAUGUUGGAGAUGCCAUUGUUUAUGCGCAGCAAAUUUUUCCAUUUCUUCCAACAUUCAAGCUACACUAUUCGGUUGAAUUUUUUUUUAAUCAUUGCACUUAUUGACUGACAAUAACUGUGGAAAUGAGUCUGAAUAAUUUGGAAAAUAAGAAAUCCAAAAAGUAACAUCAACCGUUUUUGCUGCAUUGGAACAUACAAAUUGCAAUGCUUUUUUCCUAUAACUUUACAACAAGACUACCCAAGAGAAUUCUCAUUCGUGUAAGGAACCAGACAAUGCCCUAUUCUAAUGAAAAGCUGAUUGACUAAUUAGCUAUUUAUUUGCCAUCGAUGAUCCUAGACACAUUAUUUCCAUUCCAUUCUUUUAAGAUGAUAGAAGUAUUUUUCUUUUUAUUUUGUUAUAGUUUUGUUACAAAAUAUACUAUUCAUGAGCCGGAAAUAUUGUGAACCGGAAAAUAGUACAUAGUUCACCACAAUAACGUUAGUAAUAAUUCUAGAGGAUAAUUGAUCAGAGGCCUUCAGUAUUAAAAUAAGGAAAACAAGAAAACUUUAACUAUAUUUUUUCAUAAUAAUACAACGUAAGAUGCUCACUGAUAUCAACAACUUGUGAUUUUCUAUUCUAUUGAACAGUCGACCGUUUCAGUCUGAGUAACAAUAACAUAUCGUUAAAUGUAAAAUGAUAAAAAAAUACAUAAGUAUAUAUUUUGUUUAUAUACAUUUUUAGAAUCGUUGAUUCAUAGCUUUACGAUAAGUCUCGAUUUCACGACCUUCCCAAUGGCUGCCUUUGACCUUUGAAAAGUACCUAGAGGAGAACAAAUCGAUGAUAAAAUUUUGUAAAGCUAAUCAGAAUGAUUUCGAACCUAGAAAUCAAUCCCAGCUUCAUGUCAAUUAAAAAUGCCGACGAAAAAUUUCGAUCAUCAAAAUCAAUCUACUUAGUUUUUUUUUCUCGCUACCAAAACAAAAACCCAGUAAGAUGCAAUUUUUCAUGCAAUAACCCGGACUCACCGUAGACAUAUGUACAUUGUUUUUUUUUGAAAAAUUAUUCUCGUGGUGAAGUUCACUUGUCUUUUGAUUGGUCCGUCAGUGUAAGUUGAGAUCGGUCGUUUUAUAAGAUCGGUCGGAAUAAGAUAUUUCGUCGUUCAUAUCAGAGAAGACAUUUUAAGAUUCUUUGAUACCGAGAACUGUCCGGAAAAUAGAAAAAUGUUCUCUCAUGAUAAUUGUUGGAAAAAUUGGUUUUUUUUCACUAUUCAUGAAAAUAUAUUCACGAAAAUAUAAAAUUUUUUCUAUUAAAUUUUUUCGUUAACCGGACGUGCAAACGUUGUGAAAGGAAAACUGAUAAAUGUUUAAUCGACAAUCACGAGGUAUAUGACGAUUGAAAAAUAUGAAAUUCAUAAAAAUCGAAGAUGCAAACAUAGCGAAAAAUUAGGUAUUUAAUAUUAUGCACUCGAAUCAACAGUUAUGUCAUAAGUCUUGUGAUUAUUUUACUUACUUUUCUCGCAGUUCACGAAGCGCUUCUUUUUCUUUGUCAGUAAUUCCGUUUAUCAUAAUAUCAAGAUUAGUCUUCAAGUCCCUUAGAUUUUGCAUUCCAAUUAAAUUCGUCGCGAUCUUUGGACACUGCAUCGAGUGCCAUACGGCUAAUCGCGCCAAAUUUUGGUCGUGGUCCUUGAACGAAAGCAGAUUCGAGAAAAUGAUAGAUUUUUGAUUUUUUUUCUCGAAAGAAUUCGCACUAAAUCGGAGUGCAGUAUACCUUGCAACAUUGCCUCGCGUUGGCACACUGUUCUCGCACUUCAUUCGGUGCUGGGUGCCAUUCAGGUGGUCCAUUGUUCGUCAACAUUCCCAUGCAAACUCCAGCAGCGUUGACAAUACCAAUGUUAUGAUUCUGUAACAAAUUAUAUAAAAGACGUUACUCAGAUACAUUUUUACUUUGACGUUAAAAUACAAUUUCGACCAUUUAAAAGUCCAAACUUAACUUAAUUGAAAAAAUCAGUUUCAAUAACCUGUCCUACAGUCAAAAAUUUCACGAUAAUUUUUUUGACUGUAAUCGUACUAUGUCUACGUAGAAUUCUAGUUUUUCAUCAUUUUGUGUCUCCUCGUUUUUGAAAGAUCAACAAAAACAUGAUGUAUCGCAGGGUUUAAGAGAAAAUAUUUCGAUAACGGAAUGGUCAAUAAAAUUGAGAGUUUACCAGCAUUUCCUGUCUUAAAUAUUCGAAUGUAUUACUCGAAAUAUUUUCAUUCACAUUGAUCCUUGAAUUUUAGUUUACAAUAGCUCUGUCAAUGACGAUUCUUGAUAUCGUAACAACGCUAUCGAAAACCAAUCGAUGGAACGUAAAUUAAACGGGAAUAAAAAAGGCAACACACUUGCAGUCUAGUGACUAAAGUGGAAUGUAAACUUUUGAUAACGAAGUUAUGAGUUUACUCUCAAUUCACGCUUUUGGUGACCAAACUUAAGCAGCCUCGAGCAAGGGCAACACUUGGAUGGGGGUGACCGCUGAGCCAUGCGAUGGCAGGCAAUUUUGAUGAAUAUUUGAUUAAAAUAAUGAAUCUGUGAAAAUGCUUACUUCGAAAAAAUCGAUGAAAUCGAGGAGGGUUUCGUCGAUGAGAGUGUACCUCGAGUACGUCAAAACGCAACUGAUUGCGAUAUUGCUCUUUUCAACGCAUUCUUUCAAUAUUGAUAUCGGAUAUCCGGUGAUUCCGAUAAAUUUGGCUUUUCCAUCUCUCACUUGUUUCGACAACUCAGGAAGCGUUUGAGUUAUAAUAAUAUCCAGAGAAGGUGCAAACUCGAUGUCGUGGACCUGUUUAAAAAUCAAUGAAAAUUAUAAUGAUCAAGUGUUAAAAUGAAUUAGUUACCUUUCGAGGCUUCAAAUUUCGUUCUUACUUGUAUAACGUCGACGUACUCGAGCUGCAAUAAGGCGAGACUCUUUUUCAAACUACUCCGCGUCUUCUCUAUCGAGAAAUCAAACAUUUUUUCAAAGUCGAGCUCGUACCUUCCAACUUUGGUUGCAACGUAGUAGGCUUCUCGCGGAAUUCCUUGCAGAGCCUAAAAUUAUAUGAAAUCAAAAUUUUCGAGUAUUUUUCUUUACUGUCAUUCGAGGCCUGCACGUCGUUUUAACGAUUUUCACGAUUUUGCAAUCUCGCUUAAGUUCCUUGAGGUUCAUCGACCCUGCCUUAAUUGUGUUCGAAUAAAAUUCUAAAAAUAAAGGAAACUUGAAGAAAAUGUCAUUAUGUUGAUUACUUUGCCAAUGACUUCCUCCGAGCGACCUUGCCCGUACCACGGCGCGGUAUCGAUGUAAUUCACACCCUGACGGAUCGCGUAUCUUAUCGUUUCGAUAGCUUCCGCCUCGUCGAACGAUCUGUUUUGUUAUAGAAAAAAAAAAGAACAAAAAUAUUUCGUUUAAUUAUGAGAAUAGAAAUUCGUGUUGUGAAACGAAUGUUGUUUUGAAUAUUAAAAUAAAAUGACGAUGAUUUUAUGGAAUAAAAA